AGACGCCGCUCAGAUCUAACGUGUCAUCUACAGCGUCACAACCUUGAUGUUGGAAACAUUGCAUGCAUUUAUCAUCCAUCAUCUCUGAAAUGCUGAGGGGACCGAGGGUGCUGAUGAUGCUGCUGUCCGUGCUGCACGGAACCGGCGUAGCAUCAACGGGCUCAUCCCGGUACCGCGUGCACCCCCAGGCAGGGUUCGGUAUCGCUGAUCCUGCGGCAGUGGUGCACUAUACAUCGUCUGCCAUACAGUGUGCUCAACGGUGCUCGAUUUCUGGCUCAUCUGUCUUCUCCGUCACUGAAGAAAACACAGGAAAAGUGAGAUGCAGAAUUGCAUCGUCUGGCUUCCGAGCUGAGAACCUCACCGCCGGCGCCGCUGCUGCAGGAGAAACAACCUACGUCGACGAACUUACCACUGCUACUGAACAGGCACUUACCACUGCCGCAACAACUCAAG